AUGUGUACUUUGUUUUCUGGGAGUUGUUUACUAUAUGCAAGUCGCAAUAUUCUUCCAAUAUGUUCAUCCUACAUUGCAAAGGAACAUAACUGGACUCGCCAAGACGAGGGUCUUGUGAUGGGAAUAUUUUUCUGGGGCUAUAUGCUGACGCAGUUUGCUGGUGGCUACUUUAGUGAUCUCUACGGUGGAGAAAUAGUCCUCCCUCUGACUACUGUCAUAUGGGGACUUAUUACCACCUUAUUUGUUAUAAUACCUCUUAUUGUUUCUCACAAAGAUGUUAUUUUUCACUUGUUUCUUCUGACCCGUUUUCUAUUGGGGAUUUUUCAAGGCUUCUUUUAUCCAGGAUUGGCAUCUCUCAUGGCGAAACACGUACAAAUGUCCGAACGCCAAUUCACGUAUUCAUUCAUCACUUCAGGAUCUCACGCUGGUACGCUGAUGUGUGGUUUUGUGGGAUCUUUUCUCAGUGAAGCCUAUAGUUGGGGAUUACUCUUCCUCUUUAUUGGAAGUUUGGCCGUGUUUUGGGCCGCUUUCGUUUUUCAACAUCUUAUCGUUUACCUCAAUUGUCAACAAUCUGACAGCCGCAGUACUCUAGGCAACCUAAAUCGUCCGUCUUUUCUGCAUUCUUCAGUUAAGAGUGGUUCAGUAGACACGCCAACAUAUCCGGAAGCAUUGAAUGGUGAUUUGGUUAAAAUAUACAAUUCAUCUCCAAAAAUUUCAAAUCAAAGCCUUGAUUGGUGUCUUCUGCUUAAGCAGCCGGCGUUUUGGUCAAUGCUUUUGGGCAAUUUCGUUUUCAACAAUACGUUUUACAUAAUCCUCAAUUGGUUGCCUUCCUACUUUCAUGAUAAUUACCCUGACGCAAAGAGUUGGAUUUUCAAUGUUGUUCCAUGGCUCAUUGUAGCCCCUUGCACUCUUGUCAGUGGAUUUCUAGCCGACUGGAUGGUAACUCUUGGCUUUUCGGUGACUUUUGUUCGCAAGACUAUAUCAUCAGUAGCUUUGUUGGGGACUUCCGUAUUUCUGCUCAUACUGCAGUUGCUAGAAAGGUUUUAUGCGUCUGUGCUAUGCAUGGCUCUAGUUCUGGCUUGUUGCGGCUUUCAUAAUAGUGGUAUUCUCCUCAAUCCUCAGGACAUGGCACCAAUGAAAGGUGGUCAGGUUUUUGGAGUGAUGUCAACAGUGGGCACAAUUCCAGGAUUCACGGGCGUUUAUCUCACGGGCUAUAUCCUCUCAAAGUGGCACAACUGGUCUACCGUCUUUCACUGCGCUGUUUUUGGUAAUCUCGUUGGCUGGAUGUUCUACGUCAUUUUCGGAUCGUCGAAGUCAAUUGUCUAA